AUGAGGCUGUGUGUCUGCGUUGUGUUGCUCUCCUUUAUACUAUGUGCAAGUGCUGACCUGUCACCAAUACUCGAACGUGGACGAUUUGCCUGGGAUGCAGUGGGAGGGGCAUGGGAUAUGUUGAGAGCAUACUGGGACAUGCGAGAGGCAAAUUAUAAAGAUGCCGACAAAUAUUUCCAUGCUCGUGGGAAUUAUGAUGCUGCCCAAAGAGGACCUGGCGGUGCUUGGGCAGCCGAAGUGAUCAGUGAUGCCCGAGAAAAAUGGCAAAGCGAUACGAGUGGCAGAGGUGCAGAAGACACCCGAGCUGACCAAGAGGCGAAUGCGUGGGGCAGAAACGGCGGGGAUCCCAACCGCUACAGACCUGCGGGCCUUCCCACCAAGUACUAA